GUUUAUAGCAUGAGCUCUACUUGACUUCAUCGUAGGCUGCAGUGGUGGCGACAUGCGGUUGCUCCUGGGUUCCAACCAGAAUCCUUAGAGGAUGGCCCCACCGAGGCUGUGCGCGCUAUACUAUUCGACAGACUAUCGUUCGAGGACCCCCACAGUCGAAAUCGCGAUUGUCGAUUGAGGCAGCUUCUCGCAGAACUUCGUGCGUUGCAGGCCUGUCUUCCUGCGGAGAGCCAGUUGCGCGCCGCGAGUGAUUCGCCGAGUGUUUCACGGGAUUGGCUGGAGUGGCUGGACAUGCUCUCACGUGCAGAGCUUAUGGCCGUCCUCUCGCGCGAAGCUGAGAGCGGCCAACUCCGCGAAGCUGGAAACAUUGAUGAAGCGCAUCGCCUCGUCUGCUCAGACUGUGGGCAAAUACGUCAUGGCCAGAAAGGGCUAGAGACUCACAGGUUUGCGGCCCAUGGCGUCGCGGCUACUCAUUUGGAUAUCCCCGAAGACGACAUGAGAGCUAAGUGAUGCCCCCUCUGCAGUGCUACGUUUUCUCGUGAGGAUGUCCUUCUUCGCCAUGUCCAGCGCCGUUGCCCUCGGCGCGCUGGCUCUCAGCACGCUCCCAGGCCACCUGCGGCGCCACCGCCGCCGCCGCCGCCCCCCAUCGGCACCCCCAUCCAGAUGUCCGGGCCUUCGGCGGACAUCAUCAAGAAGAGGUGCGCGGCCAAGGCCGAGGUCGGCGAGGGCGGAGCCGAGCCCGGGGAAGCGGAGCCGACAGGCGUCUCGCGGAAGGACAAGCUCAUGACGAAGUUGCUGCUCCAGCACGAGGACAACUUCAGGGGCUCGGCGCGCGACCGGAACGCGGUGGUGAAGCUGAAGACGGGCUCCCAGAUGCAGCUGGCGCUCGCGGCGGGCAUCCAGAACUACCAGAGGGUCGAGAAGGAGGCGCGCGCCGCGGUCGAGCCCACCGAGCAUCGCGGCCACCCGCGCGGGAAGAAGCCCGACGCGCACCUCCGCAUGUUGCUGUUCCGCCUGAGCGAGGCGAUCGAGGGCAGGUUCGAAGACGUCCGCGCAGCUGUGGCCAUAGGGCCGCGCUCAGCCGAGCUGAAGGAGGCGCUGCGCCUGGCGGUCGAAUUCGGCAAGAGUUUGAACGACAAGGAAGUGAAGCUCACAGCGACCCGCUGCUUCGACGUUCGGACGAAGACAGACGUCGAGGGCAAGACAGUGGAAGAAACCAAGUGGGCAUUCGCUGCUAUGUCGCAUCCCCCACUCACGCAGGCCAUGUGCUGCCUGAAGGGGGGCGGCGGCCCGCAGUCGGCGAACGCGGUGCUCGAGGGCGACUCCGCCCCGAGGAGCAAGGCCGCGAAGGAGAUGGUGCCGCAGAGGUGCUUCAGACGGUGCAGGCCGGCCAGCAGGUCGUCCAGGGAGGGGUGCCGUAUUUCGUCAUCGGGCCGGCGGAGGACGACGGCUCGCAGCAGAGCAGGUACGCCUUCUCCGGGGCGCUCGAGACCGAGCAAUUCCUGGAGAUCUUCAGGGACGCGACCGCGAGCUAAGCGGCCGGGCGUUGCUGCUCCCGUCCUCCACCUCCCGCUCCCUCUCCCCCUGCCCCGCUCUGCGCGCCGCCACGCUCCUUCGGGGCGCCGGGCGCGAGUGAGCGGGCCCCGCCGCGGCCGCGCGUCUUGACCCGGCCGCGGCCGCGCCCGCGAAGGCCCCCAGCAACCCCCAGGGGCAAUCGGCGCCGGCGUCAGCGGCCUGCGCGCGCAGGGCGAAAGACAGCGCGCUCCGGAUGCCGCCCU